AUGCCGUCGUGGCGCUGGAAGCUCCGGUCCGUGGUGCCGCCCGAGGGCGUGGUGGCGACGCACAUCCGGGGAGCCUGUGCCGCUGUCGCGCCGGGUGGUGGCGGCGUUCCUGCUCAUGACCGUCGCCGACUUCAGCGACCAAAAGCCUGGGCUUUGGGUCAGCGCCAUGUCAGGCUGGCGGCGCUCUACGGCCUCAUCACCCGGGACGAGCAGCUGAUCGCCAUGCAGAUGCAGGGGGCUGGCCACCAUCACCACGAUGAUGACAUGGUUGUGGGCGAGCUGGUGGUCCCGGCGGUGUUCGAGCGGUGCAGCCGGGUGCUGGACCCCGGGGAGCAGAAGGUGCCGAGGGACCUCUACUGGGAAGCCAUCACUACCACCAGGAGCAGCAAGGACAACAGGAAGGACACGGAGGCGCUGCUGCGGGAGAGCAUCGCGAUGAACCCCUUAGUGGGGGAGCCGCACCUGGUGCUGGCGCAGCUGCUCCUCAACGACGGCAGGUACGCGAAGGCGGAGGCGGCGGCGGCGGCGGGGCGCGGGGUGCGGCUGCUGCUCCAGUGGGGGAGUAGCUGGGACAAGCGCAUGUCGUGGGAGGGGUGGGUGUCGUGGGGACGGCUCAUGGGGGACAAGGCUCGCCACCGCCGUGGCACCUGGCCGCGCACCGCCUGGGGCAUCAUCAACCUCGGACUCGUCGAAGGCGUCGCCAACCGCAACUGA